UGCUUACACAGUGGAAAGUAGAAAAUUAAAAGGAAGCGUCUGAUAAACUGGCAGGAGGCACCUCAGGAUAAAGGAGCAGGAGAUGGAAGGAUCAACACAACACCGGGGAGAAGGAGAGGCUGAUGGAUAUACAGCAGGCGGGAAGCGGCUAUCGGGAGCUGCCCAGAAGCAGCCGAAAUUAGAUCCAGUAGAACCAUAAGCAUGAGACUGUCCCGAGCUGAGUAUAAAGAGAUAGUGAGAUGGACUGGACAACUGAGACCUACACGACAGUGCAUGAAGAUGCUGAAAGACAAAUUUCCCAAUCACUCGCAGUCCACUCUUCUGAGCAUCUUCUCCCUGGAGUACCAGAAACGAACCAAAAGGACCAUCUCAAGACACCAUGCACCCGAUGUUAUUGAAAUAUACUACCAAAGGUAUCUGACUGAGGCCAAGGCUCAUCCCACAGCUCCUGUCCUGCUAGAGUUGGCCAAUGAGGUGGAUCUGUCUCCUGCUCUGAUGGCUCGUAUUAUCCUGGACAGAUUCCUUCAGGACAUGGACGGUGGAAUGCCCUCUAAAAGUGUCAUCAGCAGCAUGCUAAAGGAGCCGUCUUUAAUUCCAGACCAAAUAUUGGCAAAGAAUGUCUACCAAUGCACAAUAAAUGACUGCUGUUAUGGACCGCUGGUAGACUGCAUCAAACAUGUCAUUGGACAAGAGCAUGAAAUUUUGCUCUGUGACAAACUGAAGGAGAAAAAUCUUUCCUUUCUGGAUGAAAAUCAGCUGAGAACCAUGGGUUAUGAUAAAACCCCUGAUAUUAUCCUGGAGGUUCCUGUUGCUGUGGAGGGACAUAUUAUACAUUGGAUUGAGAGCAAAGCCUCUUUUGGGGAUGAUCACAGCCAUCGGACCUAUCUCAAGGAACAAUUCUGGAGUUACUGGAACAGGUUUGGCCCUGGUCUUGUGAUCUACUGGUAUGGUUUCAUAGGAGAGCUGGACUGCCAGAGAGAUCGAGGUAUCCUACUCAAAGAUUGUUUUCCUACAGACAUCGUCACACUUUGUCACACCACCCAGAAGGAGCGAUCAGAAGAAGGCCGUAAAGAGGAUAAAAAAUGAAAAAGGAUUGGAUGUGGAAUAGAGUACAGGGGCGACAGGAAGGUGGGAAGGUUAGAAACACUGAACUAAGUGAGGGUGGAUUCCUGCUAUAGAUCCGGAAGCAAUUUGGCUUUCCUGCAGCAUAAGAUCAGAUGGCAAAGAUCUGCCCUGAACUCCACCUGACCCUCUUUCUCCGUUUGUAUCUCGCUUUCUUCCUGUCAUUCUCCACAACAAAGCAGCCUGAUGUAAACACAACAGCGUUCUGCAUAUCCAGCGGUGCACAGCCAGACUCUGCCAGAUGGCUUCCCACUGUGGACGGCCAUGGUACACACCAGGACCAGAGCAGGGCAUAAGGACCCUUGCUUAUCACAUCCAAAGCCCUGGCCUUUGUCACUCCUUCCUCCUCCUUCCAUUGGCAGAUAAGAGAGGUGCGGUCUGGGGGCUUGGUAGACGCCUGCCUCUCACCUGCAUCACUCAGUGCCCUCUCAGUCACUCUGCAGGGGGUAAACAGGAUCAUUUCUGAUAAAAGCUGCCCUCACACUGACCUUUUUCUUUUAAUAUGUUUAUUUUUUUCUGUACAGUAAUUAAAAGUAAAUUUUCCUCUGGCAUAUACUUACAAUUUGUCAAUGGUUUUGUAUUAUGUAAUUACUAAUAAAUAAACCUGAUAUAAUAAUUUAAA